CACAAGCUGUCCAGAAGGCACUUAAGACCACGUCCAACCACUUCCGAACCAUCACUGAGGUGUGAGCGUUCGGACGGGGAGGCAUGGUGUGCCGUUCACAAGACCAGACCUGUGUUGAAAACCUCUUGAAAUGCACUUCAUUCGCUUCCACCCCGUCAUAUUGCGGAGGCACAGGAAAGGACACAGAUCACCAGGCUGUCCGCCACACCUGCGGGCAGGUGGAUCCUACGAGAAAUCGGCGUCGCGCCUCGGGAGAUCGAGUGUAACAACUACGUGCUAACAUCCGACCAGAGGAAAAAUAUAAUGGUAGCCCCUCUGACCAGGAAUGUGAACCCAGAGCACAACAUCGACAGAAGACUUGCUCAAGCCAAAGCACUCCUCCGACAGGCAGCCGCCUCCGGAAAGCAUGCUGCUUUACGGACGCAGCCUGAUAUCCUGGCAGACGAGCCUAUGUAGGAGUGGUGGUUAACAAAGAUUGCACGGUCAUCAACGCGUGCAUGGUCCGCACUGAUAGCCCUGAGGUGGCCCAGCAGGCGGCCAUCACCCUUGCACUCCUAGAAGACGAGAAAAGCUUGGUAUACUGCGACUCCAAGAGGGCAAUUCUGUUUUUCGGAACAGGCAGCAUAUCCCCGACCGUCGGCAUAACACUUGGUACUCAUCACCUCACCCCAAACUACAUCAAUUGGUUCCCGGUACAAAUGGGACAAUUGGAGGGGCUGCUGGCAGUUACAACGCGGGUUGUGCUCGUAACCUGCGCUUCCAUCAAGACGUCUUUUCCGGAGGUGGUAGAAGGGGCCGCGAUAGCGCUAGCACUCGCGCAGCCCAAGGUGGGAAGAAUAGUCACCGACUCGCAAAAGGCGUAUAACAACUACAGAAACGGGUGGGUGUCCCUUGCGGCUGUAGAUAUUCUCAAAAGUAAACGUGACGUACCUGAAAGAAAAGUUGAGUUUAUAUGGACACCGGCUCACUCUGGGCUGGAGGGCAACGAACUUGCCCACCAGUUCGCCCGAGAGAUGGAACACCGGGUUGAGGAAGGUGAGCCACAGCCCAUACUUAGUUACAGAGACAUUACGAACUAUUAUAAGACGGAGAGGCGCCGUUACCCCGAUCCUCACAAAUCGCUUAGCAGAGAACAGCAAGCGAUCUACAGGCAAAUACAGGCAGGAUCCUUCCCGCACCCUUACCUUCAAAACAAGAUGUACCCGGAAAGGUACGAGGAGGAUUGUAACUUCUGCAAAACUCAGUUAGGCACGCUCCAACACGUCAUUGGAGUAUGCGAUUUCAUCAAGGCGAUCCUCCCACCUCUUAACUACCCCGCUACCAUACCCCUACCCUCAUCCACCCUUACCGAGCGAUGGGAGACCUUGCUAACCAGCACCGCCCUGGAAGACCAGCUCGUCCUGAUCUCCAGGGGCCAGGCGGCUAGGGAAGCAUAUGGGUCCCGUGAAGAGGGAACCACUUCCAUCGACGGCGUCUAAGAAGAUGUCGAGCUCGGCUCCAUAAAGUUGUUUCUCUCUCUCUCUGCUCCCUAACCUCAACGAGACGGCAUACGAGGCCGCACGAGACCUAACUCACCGUGUGAGCCCGGACUCCCUCUCGGCAGGAUGGGCGAGCGGGGCGACCCCCUCGUCACUUACAACGAUCUUACCCAGCAUUAUAAGUUAGUCAAGAGAACCAUGCCACUACCGCACAAAGCACUCAAUAAAGCACAAGAAGUCAAGUACACGCGGCUUCAGACGGCCACCUACCCGUGCCUGGCCUUCUCGCACAAUAUCUUUCCGGAUGCGCACCCUCGCAAUGCAUGUCCCUACUAUAAAGAUAUAGCUAGCCUUGCUCACAUGCUCUGGGGUUGCCCCGUGGCGCGGGAAGCCA